GUCGUCGAAGUUCCUUGGGAUUUCAAGCCAUCUUGUUUGCUGGCUCCUGUUUGACUCACUCUGGUUCUGGCCAGGAAUUGUUGAAGGGUAGAACGCGUCCCUGUGCUAAGGCAUCUUGUCUAAUGAGUUUGUGGUUCCACCUAGAUAGCUGACCUGGUAAGUCUAACUUAUUCUGAUUAUCUUAUCUAACUUAGCACGUGCCUCCAGCAUGGAUCAACUAGCACUCGUCCUAGAUUCGGCCUCUAGCCAGCGUAAGUUACUACCCAGGGAUCCAUCCCCUACCAGGGUUUUAGUCAACCGCGAGCUCUCUGACAGGCUAACUCGAAUCCACCUGUCACCAUCAUGGCCGUUGGUAUGGAAGGCGCAGAUGUCGGAUUCCUUAUCCACGUGGCAAUCAUGGGAGUUGCCAGCUCGGCGAGAUAGCCUCCUAUCAUUGCGGGCUGGCAUAGACGACCCAAGGCUAACAGCUUCUGACGGUGGCUGGGCUCCAUUCCUGCUCACUCUUUCCGCGGUCCAACCAGGGUCGAGAUCCUUCUGCGAAGCUGCCACGAAACAGCUACAAAGCUUCCUAUUGUGGGAUGACUGGUUGAAACGACACGGCUCGGAAGAUUUGACAGCAAAUUUCCGUUGAAGGUCGAAGCGUUCGUGGGAUCGUUGACUGUUUUGCAAUCCAGCCAGGGAUCUGACAGUUUAGACCGAACUGGCGGGGACUCGUCUUCCUGGUUGAGGCGAUACUUGAAUUGCUGGUCAGCAUACAGCACGGCCGGGUUGAAGUCUCACUCCGCUCUACGGCAAUCCCUAGAGGCGGGACAAAUACCCACCCUCCACGAGUACCUCCUUUAUCGUGCGACAACAAGCGUCGCCUGGCCGGCGAUUCUCCUCGCAGCGACUCAGCGCCAGCUGCCCUCUCUCUCCGACUCCGCCUUCCAAGCCCUCCUCCCGCUCAUCUUCACCGCAGCCGCUCUCACCGCGCUCUCCGCCGACUCGCUCCUCGUGACACGUGGCAAGCUCGCCACGUCAGCGUCCUUAUCCGCUGCGCAGCUGUUUGACGGGGAGACGAAUCUUCUUCUCCAGAACUCCCUCGCCGUCGCGUUUGCUGCAGUUGCCAGGCGGAUCGAGCUGGAGGCGGAGGAAUUAGUAGCAGAAGGUGACGAGAGUGACGAACGCGCGGCGUUGCUGGGAUUUGUGCGCGUGGUUAAGAGCGCGGUUCACGGUGUCAUGGCGUGGUACGGCUGCGCCUGGCGAUUCCGAGCCGAGUCGGAUACGAAGAAGGCGACUGUUGAAGCUAACGCUGGCUCGGAUGAUGAUGAAGUGGAUAAGAUGGUGGUGGAGGGAUGCGCUGUGGAGUUAAUUAACGACGUUCCUCAAUGGCUCAUGGACGAGAUCGAGGCUGCUGCUGGUGCUUUUGCUGGGCUGCACUGAGAGGGGAGGAUGGAGAGGCCUACUUUCUUGGAUGCUGACCUGGGGGGAAGCCUGGACCCUGGAGGUGUUUGGCUGUAAGUUGAAACGGGAGAAGGAGCGUCAGUACUGAGAUGCUGUUGUGUGGUGCUGACGGUGAUCUUAUAACGCGGAUGCUCCUGGUGUUUCUGGCGUUUCUGACAAUUCUGAUGCUUCUGGUGCUUAUGAUGGCGAAGGUCUUCGGAUGGUUACCAGCUGCAACAGUACCCAAUAGCCAGUGAUUUGCUCUAUGCAUUGGCACGGGAGUCCGUCUCUCGUCCUGCCACCUCUUGUAUCUACACCCCCUCUUCUCACAUGCAUAUUUAGGUCCUCGUAUCAUGAGUGCGUGUGCUUUGGCAAUCUGCUUAACAAUAGAGUAGAGAGAACGGCGUUAGCAGGUUCUGGUUCUGCAUUGCUUGCCCCCUGAAGCAUGGUUUCUGGCCCGUUGGUGAUUGUGCCUGGAUGCAAAUGGCAUUGCAGGCACUUUCCUGUCAGUCCUGUACCCUGUACAGAGCUACAGAAUUGCGAGCCUCUACCCCUGCAAUGGGGGCUGGAGGUUAAUUGGUUGUGUUGGCUACAGCCUCAGCAGCCUGGUCGCAUUUUACUCUUUUGCGUAACUGCAGCUGAGCCAGUUUCUGUUGCCGAUUUAUCAACUUGGUUGUGGGAUUGAAGUGAAAACACUCGUUCUUGAUAUUCCUUAGGAAUAAAUUCUUAGUCAUAGC